UGAGCCCAACGCGCUGCAAACCUACAAAAACAAAAAAGGUUGUGACAAAACGAUGUAGUGCAGAAUAUAUAUUUUUGUGCAAAGAAAGCGGACAGCAGAGAGGAGAGCGAGGUGUUGCAUGUUUUUUAAAUGGGAAAUCUGUUGGGCAGCUGGCGCUUCAAGGAGCCGAGCACCGUGGAGGAAUGCGACUCGACGUGGGGGUCGGACUCGGAGAGCGACGAGCCGCCGGCGGAGGAUGACAGCGGCAUCUCCGACUCCUUCAGCCCGGCGGACAGCGAGCACCGGGCCGCCGGGGACCCGGAGGACACGUCUCCGCAGCUGCAGGAUUCUCCAGAGUCUGUUCCAAAGAUGAAGAGGAGUUUCUACGCUGCCAGGGACCUCUACAAAUACCGUCACAGCUACCCGAACUACAGAAAGUCCCGGCAGCCCAACGAGUACCGUAACCUGCGCUUCUACCUGAACAAGAUCCCUCUAGUACCUGAUGGUAUCUAUAUCGAGGAGAUUCUGACAAAGUGGAGAGGCGACUAUGACAAACUGGAGCACAAUCACACCUACAUUCAGUGGCUGUUCCCAUUGAGAGAACAAGGGCUCAACUUCUACGCACAUGAACUGACUCAGGACGAGAUCAAAGAAUUCCAAAGCACUCGGGAAGCUAAGCGGAGAUUCCUGGCAGCAUAUUCCCUGAUGUUAGACUUCUAUGGCAUCAAAUUGCUGGAUAAGAGCGGCAACGUUGCUCGGGCUCCCAACUGGCAGGAUCGCUUCCAGCACCUAAACGAGUCCCAGCACAACUACCUGCGGAUCACUCGCAUCCUGAAGUCCCUGGGUGAGCUGGGCUACGAGGCGUUCAAGGCCCCGCUGGUCCGUCUGUUCCUGGAGGAGUCGCUGUGCAACAACACCCUCCCCAACAUGCAGCACAGCGUCCUGGAGUACUUCGUCUACACCAUCCGCCUGCCGGCCACUCGCAGACGCCUGCUCCGCUACGCCCGCAAGCACUACAGGCCCGCCCACGCCUUCCUCUGGGGCCCGCCGCCCAAAAGACGAGGCGGCGCCGGAGGCGGCGUCGGCGCCGGGAGCAGCGGCAUCAGAGCGCCGGCUCCAACGCCGGAGCAACAGAGGAGAGGGGACGAGAGCCCCGCCUCCCCGUCUGCAAGUAGCGGGAUUAUUGUGUCUUCUCAUGACGCCGUGAUGUGCCAGGACCCGGCUGGAGGAGGACUCGGUCCAAACAUGGUGGGACUAGAGCUGAUGAUGGCGGGAGCCAGAGGAGAGAGGAACGAGUACAAUGAGAUUGUUCCUUUGUAGGGAAUAGAUCAAUAUCUGGUUUUAAAAGGCAGAUAAACAGCUGUUUUUCACAUUAAUCUGUUCAAUUGUAAAGUAAAAAUAAUACUUGGUCACCGUAUUUCCUCAAUUUAAAGCCGGGCUCCUAUUAAUGACGGCCUCAUUUAGUAACCGGGUGUCAAAACUAUUUUUAGUAAAUAAUAGCCGGCCUCUUUUAUAAGCCGGGUGUCUUACCGGUGUUAUGUCAAAGUCUGAUGAAAAACAUGAUCAAUUGAAACUGAUAAGACUUCUUUUUUUUUAUUAUUAAAUCUUAUAACAGUAUAUUAAGUAGUUAAAAUAAGCCCCGUCUUAACAAAAUUAAACACUGCUUACGUAAAAGCAUCAACACAAAUCAUCCAUC